AUGAGCAAGUAUGCAAGGGAGGCUCAAAUGGUUUAUGCUGAGUUUACGAAGAGUAGCGUUAGGAGUGAGGAUUGUCCUGAUGGAUUGCCUGAGUUUGAGGUUGUCGGAAGGAAACGCUUUGCUCUCAUGUCUAAUAAACCUGGCUACUGGAAUGUUUACCGUUUAGAGUAUCUUCCAAACUUUAAGUGUCUGCUUCAAAGCAAGAUAUUUGCAUUUUGUCAAUGUCCAAUUUAUAAAUUUGGGAGAGAUGUUGCCUUGACUCUAUCUAACAUUCAACAAUCCAUCCCCAAAACUUUAGAUUACGCUGUUUCCAAGAUUUAUGCUAUUAUAUUCAUACAUAUCAACUGUAAGAAUUGCCUUUGCAUUUGGCAAUUGCACAAGACUACAGUUCUAUUACACUUUUUCUUGAACAGGUAUGCAGCUGCCCUUCAGGAACUUCGGACAGACUGGAGCAAGUUUACCAAAGACUAUUUUAUCAAACGUUCAACACUAGUCUCAGUUUUCCAGCUUAUAGAUGCUAGCAUUCCUUCUAAGAAGUUACCUGAUUCUUACCAAGCCAACUAG